AUGGCCGAGGACGACGGCGGCCUGCCCGCUCAAGACUGGGCAGGCGGUGCCGCGUCGCCUGCAGGUAGUGAAUCGGAGAAUGAGGCCGGUGGCGCGGACGCGCCAUCACAACCAAUUCAAAAACGGCGUCGAGUUACGCGCGCCUGCGACGAAUGCCGCCGCAAAAAAAUCAAAUGCGAUGGGAAGCAGCCAUGCACCCAUUGCUCUGUUUACAGUUACGAAUGUACAUAUGAUAAACCAUCCAACAGAAGACGAAACCCAGCACCACAAUACAUCGAGGCCCUCGAAGGCCGCUUGCAACGCGCAGAGACCCUUCUUCGCAAAUUCAUGCCGGACGUCGACCUGGCGGAUCCUAAUCUGGACCCAGCAGUGCAGCAAGAAUUUCACAACCGCGAGCAAGCACGCGCUCGUGCGGCCAAACAGCAACCCGGUCACCAUUCAGUGCCAUCUACCUCAUCCUCAAAUGAUACUCAGCUAAUGUCUAUGAUCGACUCGACCGGGCAGCUUGACAUCGACGACAAGGGCGGCUGGGACUUUCAUGGUAUCUCAUCUGGGGCGGUAUUCUUGAAGAGAAUGAAGGAUCACUUCCGAGGCAAACUCGGCCCUUCGACGAAGCUCCCAUUCAUGGCUCGCGGAGAACGACAUACUGGUCUGACAAAUCUUGAUCCUCCGACGCCGGCUGGACAGUCUCCGUUUUCUUCCGUCUCUAACUACGCAGAGAUGCCCUCGAAGGAGGUCACUCGCAACUUAUGCUACUAUUCUUUAAGUUGCGCAACCUGCCUUGUUCGGAUUAUUCAUAUUCCUUCAUUUUACGAAAAGCUCGAUUCUGUCUACGAUCGACCAGUCGAUAGCCUCAGCCAGGAAGAGAGUCAUUUCCUUGGGUUGGUGUACUCAGUCCUUGCCCUGGGAUGCAUGUACAACAGCUUGGAUGAAGCAAGCCCAUCAAGGAUGGCUUACCAAGAGGCAACAGAAGAGGGUAGCAUGAAAUAUUAUAAAAGUGCAAGAGUGCUGUUGCAAGAUAUCACCGAGUGCCGUGAUCUCACCUCCCUCCAGGCUCUUCUUUUCAUCAUAUUAUUUCUCCAAGCAACAUCUAAUUUAAGCGCAUGCUAUGCUUUUGUGGGAAUCGCACUACGCUCCGCCCUUCGCAUGGGUCUUCAUCGACAUUUAGAGCAUGCGCAAAUCGAUACCGUGGAAGACGAGACUCGUCGGCGUGUUUUCUACGUGAUUCGGCAAAUGGACAUUUAUGUGUCAACCUUAUUAGGAUUCCCUUUGCUGCUCAACACCGAAGAUAUAGACCAGCCAUACCCUUCAGAGGUAGAUGAUGAGUUCAUCACCCCGACUAUGAUUCUGCAGCCACCACCCGGAUCCUCGUCAUUUUAUGUGGCUUUCAAUGCGCAUACCCGACUCAUGGAAAUUCUCGCCAAGAUAACGAAAUUCGUGUACCCAAUGAAGAGUGGGCCUUCGAACGGCAAACUUCAGAAGGCUUCGGCCGCCAAGUCUUCAUACUCAAUCAGUUACGCUAAGAUUAAGGAGAUCGAAGGUGACCUUCACGAUUGGUUUGAGAAGCUCCCAGAAAGGUGGCGGCCCAGCCCCGAUGGGCCUAUUGAGGUCGUGAGGGUUCGUCAUCUACUGAGAUUUGUCUAUGCGCACGUACAGUUAGUUCUGUACCGUCCGUUCUUGCACUACGUCUCUCCUCGUCUUGGUCAAGGAACGAAGAUCGAUGAGCUAUCAUAUGCUUGCGCUGCCGCUGCCAUCAGUGUGUCCCGUAAUAUAGUUCACAUCGGUCUUGAAAUUCGAAAGCAACGAGUGUUAAGUGGGCCAUAUUGGUUCAUGCUAUACACCGAAUUUUUCGCCGUCCUAUCUCUCGUAUUUUACGCCCUAGAGAACCCGGAAAAGCCAGGCACUUCUGAAGUUCUUGCCGACGCCCGUGCAGGCCGUCAGAUGAUUGCCGAGCUUGCGGAUAAGAGCUACUCGGCGGAUAGAGUAGCGAGCAGUUUAAAGGUUCUGUUUGAUCAAUUACCAGAUGAUCUCGAAACAACGGCGAGUCGCUCAGCGCCAUCGAAAAAGCGCUCUGCCCCGGCUGCUGGCCAGCCUGGCUCUUUGCCAAUGUUCUCUGGUGGUCGCCAAUCAAGCGUGUCGUCACAACGGACAGAAGAUUUAGCACGGGCUCGAAGUGGAGGCAGGGCACCAACUGCUUUCUCUACGCCAACCUCGCGAGGAUCCAGCGAUACCAUUCAACAGUUUUCUGACCCUAGAUUCCAGGACCCGAACUUUUCCACGAACAUGACCGACCUGCUGUCGAUGGAUAUAUCAUCGCGGGGAACCUCGGGGUCUCCCAGCAUUGGAGGGUCGACCAGCCAACAACCACCUUAUACAAUGCCGCCACAGCAGUUCAGCACUCGACACCCUGUAAAUAAACUCAACACGCUCAUGUUCCCAUCGGAAGAUCCAUUCGCCUAUCCCAACCAGCCAAUGAUGGAGCUUGGCUUCCAGCCUCACUCCAACAUGGGGGAUCAAAAUCAGUCAUCCCAGUUCUUCGUUCCCGGAAGCAUGGAGGAGGGCGACAGUCAGGUCCUUGGGCAACCCCCGCCAUAUGUGAUCCAACACCCCGAAGGCCAGCCUGGAUUUGAGUUUUCAACGGAAAUGUACGACCCCAACUUAUUUGGAAUGCAAAUGGGACAGCAGCCACAUACACACGGAUCAGGACCAGGACAAUCGCCGCAUCACGGGAUGCCACAUUCUGGACAGACGUACCCACACGCUCGUCGGCCGCACCAGAGGCGACAGCAAAGGCAGAUUGAUCAAAUUUUCACGGAGCAAGGUAUGCAGGCAGACUGGGGAAGUUUCUUCGGCUCUGGAAGGGGUGUAUUUCAAGGGAUGUGA